GCUGAACUACAUUUCCCCGUGGCCUGAGCGCGCCCCGUUUCGCCCCUAAUAAGUGUGUGUGUCGAUGAGCGCGUGGGGGGUGGCGGAGCUCUAGCGCGGUGACGAGGAAAGUGUGUGCCCGCCAUAGUGAUAGCAGCCGCCGGGCCGCGGUGCGUGUGUGCACGGGGCCGGGAAGAGGCCGAGAGGAGGACGGCGGCGGCGGCAGGGACUCCGCACGGGAACACCGGCCAGAGUGAGUCAUGACUUCAUGUUCUGAGUAUGUGGAUUCCAAGGCUGAGCUUACUGCUUUGCUGGAACAGUGGGAAAAAGAACAUGGCAGUGGACAAGACAUGGUUCCUAUCCUUACUCGCAUGUCGGAAUUGAUUGAGAAGGAGACAGAAGAGUACCGUAAGCGAGAUCCAGAUCCAUUUGAUGAUAGACAUCCUGGUCGAGCAGAUCCAAAAUGUAUGCUUGGCCACUUGCUGAGAACACUUUUCAAGAAUGAUGAUUUCAUGAAUGCGCUGGUGAAUGCUUACGUGAUGACCAGCAGAGAGCCACCGCUGAAUACUGCUGCCUGCCGACUCCUUUUGGACAUCAUGCCUGGGCUGGAAACUGCAGUUGUCUUUCAGGAAAAGGAAGGAAUAGUCGAGAAUCUCUUCAAGUGGGCAAGGGAGGCAGAUCAGCCUUUGAGAACAUAUGCAACUGGAUUGCUAGGAGGUGCCAUGGAGAAUCAAGAUAUUGCUGCCAACUACAGAGAUGAGAAUUCUCAAUUGGUGGCAUUUGUGCUUCAGCGCCUACGGGAGCUUCAAGUCAAUGAAAUAAAUACGAAACAGGAAAACAAGCGGCCCAGUCCUCGAAAAGUGCCAUCAGACCCUUUGUUGCCUUUAGAUGAAGAGGCUGUGGACAUGGAUUAUGGAGAGAUGGCUGUGGAUGGCGAGCAGGAGGAAGUUACAGGGGACAUGGAAAUCUCAUUUAAUCUUGAUUCAAAUCACAAGACUAGUAGUAGGGUGAACUCUGCCAUUAAAAAACCAGAGAAGCAGCAUGAAAGAGAGAAUUUUCGUAAAGCAAAACAAAAACUUGGUUUCUCUUUGGACCCAGAAAAGAUGUUUGUUGAACUGUCUAAUAGCAGCUGGUCAGAGAUGUCUCCGUGGGUGAUUGGCACAAACUAUAGUUUAUAUCCUUUGACCCCUGCUAUAGAGCAAAGACUAAUUCUGCAGUACUUAACUCCCCUAGGGGAGUACCAAGAGUUGCUGCCCAUCUUCAUGCAACUUGGAUCAAGAGAGCUGAUGAUGAUCUAUAUUGAUUUGAAGAGGACCAAUGAUGUGCUGCUCACUUUUGAAGCCCUAAAGCACUUGGCAUCACUGCUGCUCCACAACAAGUUUGCAACAGAGUUUGUUGCUCAUGGGGGUGUACAGAAGCUGCUGGAGAUCCCUCGUCCUUCCAUGGCAGCUACAGGUGUCUCUAUGUGCUUAUAUUAUUUGUCUUACAAUCAGGAUGCCAUGGAAAGGGUGUGCAUGCACCCCCACAACGUGCUAUCGGAUGUUGUGAACUAUACCUUGUGGUUGAUGGAGUGCUCUCAUGCCUCGGGCUGCUGCCAUGCUACCAUGUUCUUCUCUAUUUGUUUCUCAUUCCGUGCAGUCUUGGAGCUCUUUGAUAGGCAUGAUGGCUUAAGACGCCUAGUUAACUUGAUCAGCACUCUGGACAUCUUAAACCUGGCAAAUCAGGGUGCACUGAUGAGCGAUGAUGAGAUCUUUGCCAGCCGCCAAACAGGGAAACAUACCUGCAUGGCCAUGCGCAGAUAUUUUGAGGCACAUCUUGCCAUCAAAGUGGAACAGGUGAAACAGUCACUUCAGCGCACAGAAGGUGGGAUUUUGGUCCAUCCACAGCCUCCAUAUAAAGCUUGUUCCUACACACACGAACAGAUUGUAGAAAUGAUGGAAUUUCUAAUAGAAUAUGGGCCAGCACAGCUGUAUUGGGAACCAGCAGAGGUCUUUCUCAAGCUAUCCUGUGUGCCUCUCAUGCUCCUGCUCAUUUCAGUAGCGUGCAGCUGGAAGACCUACUAUGCUAGAAACGAUACGGUGCGUUAUGCUUUGGAUGUCCUGGCCAUCCUUACUGUGGUUCCAAAAAUCCAGUUACAGUUAGCAGAAUCAGUGGAUGUGCUGGAUGAGGCAGAAUCUACUGUUUCCACUGUGGGCAUCAGCAUCAUCCUUGGAGUUGCUGAAGGUGAAUUUUUCAUUCACGAUGCAGAGAUCCAGAAAUCAGCCCUUCAGAUCAUCAUUAACUGUGUGUGUGGCCCAGACAAUCGCAUCUCCAGCAUUGGCAAAUUCAUCUCUGGCACCCCUCGACGGAAGCUCCCACAAGCAGUCCGGAGCAGUGAGCACACCCUGGCCAAGAUGUGGGAUGUGGUGCAGUCCAACAAUGGCAUCAAAGUGCUGUUAUCGCUGCUGUCUGUAAAAAUGCCCAUCACGGAUGCAGACCAGAUCCGAGCCUUGGCCUGCAAAGCCUUGGUUGGGUUGUCGCGUAGCAGUACAGUUCGGCAAAUCAUCAGCAAACUGCCCCUCUUCAGCAGCUGCCAGAUCCAGCAGCUGAUGAAGGAACCUGUGCUUCAGGACAAGCGCAGUGAGCAUGUGAAAUUCUGCAAGUAUGCGGCUGAGCUGAUUGAGCGUGUCUCAGGAAAACCUUUGCUGAUGGGCACAGACGUCUCUCUGGCACGGCUGCAGAAAGCGGAUGUGGUGGCUCAGUCAAGGAUUUCGUUUCCCGAGAAGGAGCUGCUCCUCCUGAUCAGGAACCAUCUUAUCUCAAAAGGGCUAGGAGAAACAGCCACCAUCCUAACGAAGGAGGCAGAUCUGCCCAUGACAGCAGCAUCUCAUUCCUCUGCCUUCACUCCUCUUGCUGCCACUGCCUCUCCUGUGUCUCUGCCUCGUACCCCUCGUAUAGCAAACGGCAUUUCAGCCCGGUUGACUAGCCAUCCUUCUGUAGGCCCCAGUGCUGCUUCUGUCCAUGCCCAGCCCAAACAGACUGCCUCCCAGAGCUCACUUGCACUCCCAGGCCCGUCUCAGGCCAGCAGCUCGCCUGUGAUUGGCAGGAUUAGCUUCAUCCGAGAGAGGCCAUCUCCCUGCAAUGGCAGGAAAAUCAGAGUGCUGCGGCAAAAAUCAGACCAUGGCGCCUACAGCCAGAGCCCAGCUAUCAAAAAACAGCUGGACCGGCACCUCCCUUCCCCUCCCACGCUGGACAGUAUAAUCACAGAAUACCUUAGGGAGCAGCAUGCUCGCUGCAAAAACCCUGUGGCCACUUGCCCCCCUUUCUCUCUUUUUACACCCCACCAGUGUCCUGAACCAAAACAGAGGCGCCAAGCGCCAACUAACUUUACCUCGCGGCUGACCCGCAGGGCAGCUUUUCCAAAGUAUGGCGGGGUGGAUGGUGGAUGCUUUGAUAGACACCUUAUAUUCAGCAGGUUCCGUCCAAUUUCUGUGUUCCGGGAAGCAAAUGAAGAUGAAAGUGGUUUUACAUGUUGUGCGUUCUCUGCACGAGAACGAUUCCUGAUGCUCGGCACCUGCACAGGACAGCUGAAACUCUACAAUGUUUUCAGUGGGCAGGAGGAGGCCAGCUAUGAUUGCCACAACUCUGCCAUCACACACCUUGAGACAUCCAGGGAUGGUUCCUUAUUAUUGACAUCUGCGACAUGGAGUCAGCCUCUCUCUGCAUUGUGGAGGAUGAAGUCUGUCUUUGAAAUCAAGCAUUCCUUCACAGAUGACCACUAUGUGGAGUUCAGCAAGCACUCUCAGGACAGGGUCAUUGGCACAAAGGGAGACAUAGCCCAUAUCUAUGAUAUUCAGACUGGCAACAAGCUUUUGACUCUGUUUAACCCAGACCUUGCCAACAACUACAAGAAGAACUGUGCCACCUUUAACCCUACAGAUGACCUUGUCUUAAACGAUGGUGUCCUUUGGGAUGUCCGCUCUGCACAGGCUAUACACAAGUUUGACAAAUUCAACAUGACCAUCAGUGGCGUGUUUCAUCCAAAUGGGCUGGAAGUCAUAGUCAACACUGAAAUUUGGGACCUGCGGACUUUCCACUUGCUACACACAGUGCCAGCCUUGGACCAGUGCCGUGUAGUUUUCAACCAUACUGGAACAGUUAUGUAUGGAGCUAUGUUACAGGCUGAUGAUGAAGAUGACCUGCUAGAGGAGAGGAUGCGGAGCCCCUUUGGGUCGUCUUUUAGAACAUUCAACGCAACAGACUACAAACCAAUUGCCACUAUUGAUGUGAAAAGGAACAUCUUUGACCUGUGUACGGACUCAAAAGAUUAUUAUUUGGCAGUUAUAGAGAACCAAGGAAGCAUGGAUUCCAUGAACAUGGAUACAGUUUGCAGGCUCUAUGAAGUGGGCAGGCAGCGCCUGGCAGAAGACGAGGAGGAUGAGGAGGAAGACCAGGAGGAGGAGGAACAGGAAGAAGAUGACGACGACGACGACGAUGACACGGAUGACCUUGAUGAGCUAGACACAGACCAGCUGCUUGAAGCCGAUCUAGAGGAAGAGGAGAACAAUGAGAAUGCGGGUGAAGAUGGAGAAAAUGACUUCUCUCCUGAUGAUGAUGAGGAAUUGACCAACCUGCUUGAAGAAGGGGAUGAAGGAGAAGAUGAAGACUCUGAUGCAGAUGAGGAAGUUGAGCUGAUCCUUGGUGAUACUGACAGCUCAGGCAAUUCGGAUUUGGAAGAUGACAUAAUCUUGUCUCUGAAUGAGUGAGGAGUGGCCACCCCACAGGAUGUUGGCAGCAGGAAAGCUCCCUUCUCAGAAGCCAGGAGACCAAAUCGGGAAGUGAUACUGAGCAUCCUCUCAGAUCUAAAUCUUGGGAGAACAUCUAAAGAACUCCAGCCCUUCAGAUCUUGCAGUGGACAGAUGCAGGCUCCUGGCAUGCCCAGAGCCUUCCUACAAAGAGACCAGGGGUUUGGCCUUUAUUUUCUCUGCCUUUUUAUUUUGGUUUUUAGGCUGAGACAUGAUUCUCCUUGCCAUGGAGACUUCUGAAGAUAUUUCACAAUAUAUUUUCUUUGUAUAAAGUUCUUUCCUAAAGAACAGAAAUAGUUUUAUAUGAAACAAACAAAAAAAGACAAAAAACAAAACAAAAAAAACCAUACAAACCAAACCAACCACGCAGGUAUUAUAUAAGAGGGAAUGAACAUGUACCCUUCUAAUACUUCAUCACCAUGAUUAAUUUCUGGGGGAGAGAAAAAAAUUAAAGGGCAUUUUUACUGAGAAAAACAGGAAAAAAAUUAAGUGAAUCAUGGUUUGUAAAACUGGAUGAGUGAUAUUUUUAUUUCAAAUAUAAUUUUUUAAUGGAGGUGUUCACACCUGCUAUGUUCAUUUGUUUUUGUCAAAUGCCUUUUGUCCUUUCACAAAAGUUCUACGAGUGUUCCUGCUGUAGUAGCCAUGGUGAAAGACUUGAGAGGCAGGGUCUGUCCUGUUCAGAGCCUGCUGUUGCUGGAGAUGAAGGACUUGCGUCUAAAAGCUCCUCCUUACCCCAUCCUAUCCAACCCACCCUUUUUUGUGAGGGAAAUUUUAAAUCUUUGUUUCCUUCCUUUCUGCCCCUGCUGUGUGGAAACUACAAACUGAAGGCCUUUUUCUUUAAUGUAAAUUGUAUUUAUUAAAAAAUAAACAAAAUUCAAAUCCUGUCUGUUCAUA